AUGUUUCAUUCUAUUAAUGACGAUCCAUUAACUUUAAGUCAAUCGAAAAUUGAAUAGUUUGAACUAAAACUUACUUCUGACAUUUAAUUUUUAUUACAGGUUGAUUUUAAUUUUAACUCCCCUAAAAUCUAGAUUGCAAUGUAAAAUCUCAAUUUUACAGAGUAAGAUCUAAUCUAAAAGAAAUUCUCUUAUUUUUUAAUUUAAGGAGAAGAAAAUAAUAUAACUGAAUAAAGGUAUCUUUAUCAUCUACAUUAAAUUGCACAAAGAAGAAAACUAUUAGUUAAAGAAAGAAAUAAAAUAAAAAAAGAAGAAAUUGAAUUAUAGAAAAAUGAUUAAUUGUUUAAUACUAGAUAUUAUUCACAAACUGAAAGUUUCCUUAAUAAUAAUAUUGAAAAUGCAAUAUCUUUAUUAGAUAAAAGAAUAGAAUUAUAGUAGAUUAAAAAAGAUAAAACACAAUUAAUUCUUAAGAAUAAGAUAAGGGAAUAAAUUGAAGAAGAAUUAAAAAUAAUGAAUGAAAAUAAAUUAUAAGACGAACAGAAUUUAAGAAUCAAGAAAUUAAAAAAAUAAAAUCUUUAAUCAAUAAGUGAUAGAGCACAUUCUUUUAAUCUUAAAACUUAACAAAUAGCAAAAAAACAUCAAUAAUCUAUCUAAUUAGAAUAAGAAAAAGCAUUUGAAAAAUAAAAAGAAAUUCUUUAAAAUAGUUAAUUUGAGUAAAAAAUCAAUUAUUUUUAGAUUAGAUGAUUCAGAAAGAAAGUAUCAAAAUAAAAUUAAAUAGAAAGAAAAAAUGUUGAAGGAACUACUUAAAUUAAAAUAAGUAAAUGAUAGAAUUAAGUAAAUUAAACAAUAAGAAAUUUAGUAAUGUAGUGAAUUAUACACAAGAAUAUAAUCUAAAUUAAAUAAAUCUCAUAUUAAUAGACUAAGUUUGUAUGAUAAUAAUAAGGCAACAACCAUUCCAUAAAUAAUUUAAUCCUAUCAUAAAGUUGAUGAAUCUUAAAAAAAUUUAGAAAAAUAUAUCUAAAAAUAGACAAAAUAUAUUAGUAAUUCUAAAGAUUCAUAAAGAUAAUCAAAAUUAAAAAAAAGAAAAAAUAUCAAAUAAUAUAUUAAUUUAGAUAAGUAAAUUAAUUAUACCAAAAUUGAAGAAACAUAUCCAGAUAAAAUAAGUAAACAAAUAUCUCCUUAAUUAAAUAAAAACACCAAAUCUCGAAGUUUAGUUAAUUUAGAUAAAAUCAAUCUCUAAUAAUUAGAAAAAGUUAAUAAAGUACUUGAAAAAUAAAGAUCAAGUAACAUUCUGUAAACUUAAAUUAGAGAAAAAAAAUAAAUUCUUAGAGAAGCAAGCAAAAGUAAUUUUUAAUAGAGAACUCUAUUUUAAGAAUUUUAGAAUGAUUUAUCUAAAAUUAAAAACAAUGUUUCAAAAGAAUUUUUGUUUAAGUAAAUUUCUAAAUGGGAUUGUUUAGAUUUAGUAAAUAAGUAUUACAAAUGA